AUGUCCGUCGAAGAAAGAACUUUCAUUGCUGUUAAACCAGACGCUGUCCAAAGAGGUCUCGUAUCAAAAGUCAUCGAACGUUUUGAAACUAGAGGUUACAAAUUAGUCGGUAUCAAGAUUGUUCAAGCCUCCAAGGAAUUACUAGCUAAGCAUUACGAAGAGCAUGUUGGGAAGGCAUUCUACCCAAAGAUGGAGUCCUUCAUGAGUUCUGGUCCAAUCGUCGCCAUGUGCUGGGAAGGUAAGGACGUUGUCAAACAAGGUAGAAGUAUGUUAGGUGCUACUAAUCCAUGUGCUUCUGCUCCAGGCACCAUUAGAGGUGAUUUUGGUAUCGAUCUAGGUAGAAACGUGUGUCAUGGUAGUGACUCUGUUGAGAGUGCUCAAAGAGAAAUCGGUUUAUGGUUUAGAGAUGAAGAAUUAGUCAACUGGACCUCCAAUCAAGCUAAAUGGUUAUACGAAUAG